GCCGGUCAACAUGGCUGCGGGCUCUGCGUCCUCCUUGGGCGGCGGUGCCUGGCCAGGCUCAGAGGCUGGGGACUUCUUGGCACGCUAUCGGCAGGUGUCCAACAAGCUCAAGAAGCGCUUCUUGAGGAAGCCGAACGUGGCCGAGGCCGGGGAGCAGUUCGCCCAGCUAGCCCGGGAGCUGCGCGCCCAGGAGUGCCUGCCUUAUGCUGCCUGGUGCCAGCUGGCUGUGGCGCGCUGCCAGCAGGCGCUCUUCCAUGGGCCCGGGGAAGCGCUGGCCCUCACAGAGGCGGCCCGACUUUUCCUGCGGCAGGAGUGCGACGCGCGCCAACGCUUGGGCUGUCCCGCCGCCUACGGGGAGCCUCUGCAGGCGGCCGCCAGCGCCCUCGGCGCCGCUGUGCGCUUGCACCUCGAGCUCGGCCAGCCUGCCGCCGCUGCUGCACUGUGCCUGGAACUAGCUGCUGCCCUUCGCGCAGUGGGCCAGCCGGCCGCUGCUGCCGGUCACUUUCAGCGGGCUGCCCAGCUGCACCUGCCCCUGAUGCCACUGGCCGCACUGCAAGCGCUUGGUGAUGCUGCCUCCUGCCAGCUGUUGGCGCGCGACUACACAGGCGCCCUGGCGCUAUUUACACGCAUGCAACGCCUGGCACGGGAGCAUGGGGGCCACCCGGUACAGCAACUCGAGCUGCUGCCGCAGCCGCCUUCUGGGCCCCAGCCACCCCUGUCGGGACCCCAGCCGAGACCUGUCUUGGGCUCGACCUUGCCCCUCCCGCAGCCCCCGGACCACGCCCCAGGCUCUGUUGCGCCUUCACCUGGCACACUCGGUGCCUUUGCUGACGUCCUAGUCAGGUGUGAGGUGUCCCGUGUACUGCUGCUGCUGCUCCUGCAACCACCACCUGCCAAGCUGCUGCCCGAGCAUGCCCAGACCCUGGAGAAGUACUCCUGGGAGGCUUUCGAUGGCCAUGGCCAGGAUACCAGCGGCCAGCUUCCUGAGGAGCUGUUUCUGUUAUUGCAGUCUCUGGUCAUGGCUGCCCAAGAAAAGGACACUGAAGGCAUCAAGAAGCUGCAGGUGGAGAUGUGGCCACUGCUAACCGCUGAGCAGAACCACCUCCUCCACCUCGUUCUGCAGGAAACCAUCUCUCCCUCUGGACAGGGUGUCUGAUAAGUCACCUUCUUACCAACUUGUUUUAUCUUUGGGGACAGGUGAUGAAACAUGUGAUCUAGCUUCUGUUUUUUUUGUCUGUUUUUGUCUUGUUUUUCUUUUCAUUUCUAUUGCUGCCAUGUUAAUUUGGCUUUGUGUGCCUAGCAAGUUACUUAAAUUAGUGCCCUCCAAUUCCAUCCAUUAUUGCCUCGAAUGAGAAAACUUCAUCCUUAAGGCUGGAGGAGAUUCUACGGAGUAAUCUUUCUUUAUGCAUCUGUCAGUUGCUAGAUAAUGUUGAUUCAUUUUCCUGGCUGUUCUAGGUAUAGUGCCAAUAAACUCAGGAGGACAGAUGUUCCUUUGGCGUAUUGAUUUCCUUUUCUUUUGUUCCUGGUGGGGUGUGGCAUCACCAAGAAGUAUUUAGAAAAGAUUAGAAAUAUUUGUGUCUUGAAAAUUGUGAGGAUUUGACAAUUUGGGCAUAAUCUCUCUUUUAAUACAUUAUUGCUUCGUUUCUAUAUAAACUAGCACAGCAGUCUGGGGAGUGGGAAAAGCACCAGAUGACAUAAAAUGUAACUGUUGUUACAUACAAAUACUCUGUGUAUCUGAACAUGAGGACUAUGUUAAUAAGCAGAACUGACAUGUUCUGUCAUACAUUCCAGAUUUAUUUUAUCUUCUGUACACUCUGCUAGCCCAGGUUCUUCCUGAUGGAAUGACCAAAACCUUUCUCCUGAGUAGCAUCUGUGAUCUUUUGGUGAUCCUGCCUUUAUUGGGUUGCAGCAAAUUUCUGUUAUCCAGAAGUUUUUGGCAAGAGAUGAGUCAAAGUUUUUAGAAUUGGUCCUCUGUUUCCAAACCAGGGUUUUGAUUGCUCUCACUGUGUACCACAACACAAUUACCCCUGUACAAUCGAGAUCUGUCUUCACAGCCAAUACCUAAGUUCUAUUCUGCCUUUCAGGACCAUGUUCUGAGAAAUCUAAUUGCAUAAAACUGUAAUGGUAUUCCCUUAAAUAUUCUGACCUUGAAAACUAGAGGUACUAAACUAUGUAACCCAGUGUUGCUGGGGCAAAUAGCAAAGAAAUGUUUCUGACUGAGUAUUAAGUGAUACAAAGCCAGUUCUACUUUUCUCUGUAGUUCCUGGAUCAAUGCAUCUUUGCUUUCAGAAAUAUGGUGUCAUAUAUUGAAUCUUGGUUUAAGGCACCCAGCACACCUGCAAGGGUAGCAUUCCAACUUUCCUAAAUGUUUUCCCACUACAUUGUCACCCUAUUUAACCCCAAGUUAGAACACCAUUCUAUAAGGCCAGCUGGUAAUUGGCCUAUGGGGUAUAUGUACAAAACCAAUGAAUUCCAUAAAUUUAAUGCCUU